GCCCCUGCCAACAUGGCUGCCAUCAGGAGCGGGGUGACUCCAGUUUGCUUAGCAAGAUGUUUCCUGAAACCCGGGGGGAAAGCGGGCCGAGGCAGGCAUCUCCUCUCCGACAUCUGGACACACCGAUCCCUUCAGAGGUCUCAUCUUCACACAGUGUUUGAGUGCCGCAGUUCUUCCACCAGGGCUCUGCUGGGCCGCCGACACCAUGGAAAGUUCCUCUGGGUGAACGCAGCGGCUGUCAGACACAACAGCACACAGAUCCCACCUGAGGAUGGAUCCAUUGCAGCUUCAGUGGUUGAAGUUCCAGUCUUGGAGUCGUCCUCCACCUCUCUGCCUGCAGACCCCAUUACUGUUCAACCAGUGAAUGAACUGAUCUCGGCUGGAACGGCUCCCUCAGCAGCUCCGGUAGCAGACAGCCCAGUUUCUCCUCCAGUCGUGGAUGUUUCCUCUACACUCGUGUCUGCAGACCCCACCCCGGUGUUAACGCAGCCCGUCAUUGAGCAGGUGGCCGAUGUUGCGCCGACAGCAGUGGAGGUCCUGCAGGGUGUGGCUGGAGAGCAGAGGCUGGCAGAGCUGGGACUGGCCGCUCACACCCCAGUGGGACUCAUCCAGAACCUGUUAGAGUUCAUACACCUGGAUUUGGGUUUGCCCUGGUGGGGGGCCAUUGUUGCAGGAACCGUACUGGCCCGCUUGGCUGUGUUUCCCGUCAUAGUGAAGGGCCAGAGAGAAGCGGCCAAGCUGAACAAUGUGCUGCCUGAGAUGACCAAACUCACCAACAGAAUGAAUGAGGCCAAACAGAGUGGAAACAAAUUUGAAUUCUCUAAAGCCUACGCCGACCUGAGUGUGUUCCAGAAGAAGCACGACGUGAAUCCUCUCCGGGGGUUUCUGGUCCCUCUGGUGCAGGCGCCGGUCUUCAUCUCCUUCUUCAUCGCUCUGAGAAAGAUGGCCUAUCUCCCGGUGCCCAGCCUGCAGACUGGAGGUGUGCUCUGGUUCACAGACCUUUCUUUAGCAGAUCCCUACUACAUUCUUCCUCUGGCGGUCACUGGAACCAUGUUCUUCAUCCUGGAGCUGGGUGCAGAGUCUGGAAUCGAUAACCCCAACCUGCGAGCCAUGAAGACCGUGUUCAGGAUUAUGCCCUUCAUCAUCCUCCCACUCACCAUCAACUUCCCCACGGCCGUCUUCACCUACUGGUUGACGUCGAACUGCUUCUCGCUGGGUCAAGUGGCUCUGCUCAGGCACCCCGCGGUCCGGGAGAGGUUUCGCAUCCCGGAGAGGAUCCAGCACCCGCCGACCGCCAUGCCACCGAGUGACGGGCUGAUCGAGAGCAUGAAGAAGGGUUGGAAAAACGCUCAGCUGGCCCAUCAGCUGGAAGAGAGAGAAAAAAGGAUAAAAAAUCACCUGGACCUCGCUGCCAAAGGUCCGUUGAGGCAAACCUUUACCCACAAUCCUCUGCAGCAGACUGCUCCCGUAGCUGCAGCCAAGAGCAAGUCGGCUGGAGACAAAGCGCAGCCGUGGAAGGACACGAUCGGAUGAACCCGGCCGGGUUUCAGCUCAGCAGCGUUGUGAAUCAUGUACAUAUUUAUGGCCAGAAGAGAGAGAGAGAGAGAGAGAGAGAGCGUUGUGAAAACAG